UAGCGAAUCGGGAUUUUCGCAUGAUUGGAAGCAUGUUGACCGGAUAAGCGCCGUCCAAUGUCCGAUAUCAGAGCCGCAACGGCAGGCAGAAACUGGGCUGAUUUUGACAACCGCGGUGUCGCGGAUGAAAGGAUAUGCCUGAUUGCGGCUCUUGGAUGUCGAAAUGACCAAUCCUAGCCAAGAUCCGGCACCAUGGCAAGACUCAUGAUUCGC